AUGCUUCUUCUUGUAUUUUUCUCUUUAUGGUUCCAAGUUCUUUAUUCUCAGGUGGCUUCAGUGAGUAGGCUUUUCAGGAAGCACCCGGACAUUGCAGCAAAUUUCAAAACAAAGAACCAAUUGGUGAGGACGACAUACAUGAAUAUCUUACUCGGUCUCGUCGAGGCAUUAAACAAACCUCCACAUAGCUUAUCCGAGACUGAGCUAAGCAACGCUCGCAGCAAGCUGAUCGAUCUAACACAAGCAGACUUCAAGCUAGAC